AUGACAUUCUAUCUUCCUCCGCCGACAAUUCAGUCCGAAUAUUGUACAGCGACGACAGUUUAUGAUCCCAUGCCACACCUUCCAAUCGUCCAAUGCAAUGCCUCUAUCACGGCCCAAAACAUAAGAAAGCGAAAAAGAGAAACAGCUUUGGAAGAUAUUACUCCAGCUCUAUCAAACAGGCUUGCCUCAUCGGCCCUUCAUGAUACGAGCCCGCAAUUCUGCCUAGACAAUAAAACAUGCUUAAGCGACAGCGCAGGGGUCUUCACGCGCCAGCGAUGUCUCCACAGGAAACGACGAGUCUUCCAGCAGCCACCUGCUUACAAUAAGCCACCGCUCACAGACGGUAUCUCUUACAUGCUACAGUCGGAUUCGUCGCAAGACACUUGCAUUUCUGGAGUCAGCUCUCCGCCCGUGUCUCCUAAAACAAUUCCUCCGACCCCAUAUCAGCAACCACAAACACUAUUCGCAUCUGCGUCCUGUCUCCGCCCAUGUCAUAUCUGCCACCGGAGACCGACCACUCGAGAAUAUGUUGACGCCUAUGCAGACUGUGAUCUUUGUGGUGGGAGGAGCUGCUACAUUUGUUUACGGCAUUGUGACUCUGUAGACUGCAGUGGGUUACUCAGGACCCCUACAAGCGGCUGUCAAGAAAGGCCGGACGACGACGAAUGGCAGACAGAGCGGGCACGAAAAGUUUGCUCUGCCUGUGCGGUCGAAGGUGUCACCGAAUCGGGAAAAGAAGUAAUAAGAUGCCUUGAAUGUGUACAAGGCCUCCAAUCCCAAUGGCAAGCUCUUCAUCUACACUAG